AUGUGCGAUAAUAACAUAUUUUUAUAUAUAAAAAAUAGAUACAACUAAAUAUCUGAUGAAGAAAUUUGUUCAUUAUCUGAAGGAUUACCAAAAUGCACAAGCCUUGAAAGCUUUUUCAUAGAACUUAUCUACAACAAAGUUGGAUAAAAAGGUAUUUCUGCUUUGAGUAAAGCAUUAAGCUAAUGUCACAAACUCUCAGAUUUAUGUCUUUAGAUAUCUGAUAAUGUAUUUGGUAGUGAAGGAGCUUGUAUAUUAGGAGAUGGAUUAGAAAAUUAAUCAGUUAAAUAGGUAGUGAAGGAGUAUCUGGAUUAUUUAAAAAACUGUACUACUAUUGAGAAUCUUGCAGUCUAUUUGUACAACAGCAAAACCAGUACAUAAGGAAUUAUUGAUUUAAGCAAUGCAAUAGUGAAUUUAGUGAAUCUUAACACUUUAAGACUUGACUUAAGAAAUAAUAACAUUACAGAUCCAGUUAAGUAUGAAUUAAAAGAAAUACUAGAUUCGAUGUAAAAAUUAGUAAACUAAGAAAUAGAUUACUGA